AACUCUAAUGGUGGACCAUCUCUAACAAGGAACAUACACGACACGUAAACGUCACCAGAAUUAGAAAAAUUAGGAGCUCUAGCAGAUUCGUUUAACUACGAUUAAUAAGACAUGCUUAACUAGAACGUGCCCCGUUUCGGUUCGAGGCAACAGAGCUUCGUGUGCGAGUGUGUGGGCUUGUGGCGAGUGCAAAAACAUAUGCGAAGGCCUCAGUGGAGGGUGGAGAAGAGGUGGAGGAGCUGCUGCUGCCCCACAACUUGCAAAAUUUCUGCGCUAGCGCUGGAAGCCAACUACGUAGCUGCCUUUGCAGAGCCGUGAAGACCCGGGGACACCAUGUCGCUGCCGGGCAAUGGCAUCUAUGUGGUGCGGGGCGAGAUGGCCACCCUGAUGACGGCUAUGCGACGUGGAACGCGCUGGAAUGCCACCGCCUACGUGGACGACGAGAAAGACUCGCUGCUGAAGCUGUUCAUUGACCUCAAGCAGGAGCUGAAUCGCAUCGAGGACCUGCGUCUGAUUGAGCCACAGGUUUUCCUCGCUCCCUUCCUGGAGGUGAUUCGAACGGCGGACACCACGGGUCCGCUGACUAGUCUGGCCCUGGCCUCGGUUAAUAAAUUCUUGUCAUACGGACUAAUUGAUCCCACAUCGCCGAAUCUGGCUGACAUUGUUGAGCGCAUUGCCGAUGCCGUGACGCACGCUCGCUUCAUGGGCACUGACCAAUCCUCCGACAGUGUCACCUUCAUGCGUGUCAUUGAGGUGCUGCACACGCUAAUCCGCAGCCCCGAGGGAGCGGCAGUUAGCAAUGAAUCUAUGUGCGAGGUGAUGCUCAGCUGCUUUAAGAUCUGCUUUGAGCCGCGGCUAAGUGAACUGCUUCGUCGCUCGGCGGAGCAGUCUCUGAAGGACAUGGUGCUGCUGUUCUUCAUGCGCCUGCCCCAGUUUGCGGAAGAGCGCAGUGACACUGUUCUACAAAAGAGAUUCACCAUCGGAGAUGCGGCCAGUGGAGCAGCCCAGGAGAAGCAUAAGCGAAAGGUUGUGGCACCAGCUCCGGCUUCGAUUCCGCCAAGGAAGUCCUCUACAGAAGAACCUCCGCAGACGCCGCAAUCGGCCAAUUUGGCUGUUCCCGGACACCUAAAGACACCCAUACUGGCCACCACACCCGCCAGUCCUGCGGGCAACAUUCUGGACAUGCAGGGAAAGAUCACGCAGACACCAACGACAACUGCGAGUUCGGGAGCAGAGGAAACUACUACCGCUGCCCCAGAUGCACCUGCUAUACAAGUGGAGACCGCCGACUCGGAGCCUUUGGAGAGGGUGGGAGGGGAAGUUGUUGAUGGUGGUGGCACACUGACCGAAGCCAACAGCAGCGAGUACAUUAACUCGGUGGGCGUUCGAUUCACCCAGCAAACCGCUGAGCCAGACGCUGUCUCCCUAUCGCCCUACGGCCUGCCGUUUAUCCAAGAGCUAUUUCGCUUCCUGAUUAUUCUGUGCAAUCCCCUGGACAAGCAGAACUCAGACAGCAUGAUGCACACGGGCCUGAGUCUGCUGACAGUGGCCUUCGAGGUGGCUGCCGAUAAUAUUGGCAAAUAUGAGGGCUUGCUAGAGCUGGUCAAGGAUGAUUUGUGCAGAAAUCUGAUAUCGCUUCUCAACUCUGAGCGCCUUAGCAUUUUUGCUGCCGAUCUGCAGCUGUGUUUUCUGCUCUUCGAAUCGCUGCGUGGACAUCUCAAGUUCCAGCUGGAGGGAUACCUUAAGAAGCUGAGCGAGAUCAUUGCCAGUGACAAUCCCAAGACACCCUAUGAGAUGCGCGAACUAGCCCUGGACAACCUGCUGCAACUGUGGCGCAUUCCCGGUUUCGUCACUGAGCUGUAUAUUAACUACGACUGCGACUUGUACUGCACUGAUAUGUUCGAGAGCCUGACCAACCUGCUGAGCAAGUACACGCUCUCCGCCACCAAUGCCGUCUACAGCACACACAUCAUCUCGAUGGACACUCUGAUCAGUGUGAUUGACAGCAUCGAGAGAAACUGUGCAGCGGCCAAAAGCAGCAAUAACAGGGAAUCUCUGCCCGAGUCUGCCUCAACCACUGGUGGCAGUCGCCAUUCACGUCACAACAGCGGACUGGAGGGCAUUGUAAUCGAUUCUGGCAAUGGUGUUAGCGGAGUUACGGAAGAGCGCGUAGAGAACAUCGCCAGCUUCAUAAACAGCAGCUCCCAGCGACUUCGGCUGCAGUCCGGCAGCGAUAGAGUUGGUAUCACCACCGAGCAGCUGGCCAGUGUCAAGCUAAAGAAGAGGCUGCUGUCCCAGGGCACCGAACGUUUUAAUCAGCGCCCGGAUAAAGGCAUCCAGUACCUGCAGGAGCACGGAAUUCUGAACGCCGAGCUGGAUCCAAUGCAGGUGGCCCUUUUCCUGCGCGAGAACCCCGGCUUGGACAAGAAGAUGAUUGGUGAAUAUAUCUCGAAAAAGAAGAAUGUUGACUCGAAGAUUCUGAUCAACUUUGUGGACUCCUUUGACUUCACUGGUCUGCGAGUGGACCAGGCGCUGCGUCUCUAUUUGGAGACCUUCCGCUUGCCCGGCGAGGCUCCGCUGAUCUUUCUAGUGCUGGAGCACUUCUCCGACCAUUGGCAUACUCAAAACAAAGAACCGUUCGCUAAUGUGGACGCUGCCUUCCGUUUGGCUUAUGCCAUCAUUAUGUUGAAUAUGGAUCAGCACAAUUCCAAUGCCAAGCGCCUGAACAUUCCCAUGACCCUGGAGGACUUCACCAAGAACUUGCGUGGUCUGAAUGGCGGGGAGGACUUUGAUCAGGAGAUGCUGGCCCAGGUCUUUAAUGCGAUCAAAAACGAGGAGAUCGUAAUGCCAGCCGAGCAAACUGGCUUGGUGCGCGAGAACUAUUUGUGGAAAGUUCUGCUCCGUCGUGGCGGCACUCAUGACGGUAACUUCCACUAUGUCCACGAUGCUUCGUACGAUGUGGAGAUCUUUAACAUUGUGUGGGGUGCCUCGCUCAGCGCACUUAGCUUUAUGUUUGACAAGAGCACCGAGACGGGCUAUCAGAAGACUCUGGCGGGUUUCAGCAAGUCUGCCGCUAUAUCGGCGCACUAUAAUCUGCACACCGACUUCGACGCCCUCGUUCUCACCCUCUGCAAGUUCACAACGCUGCUAAGCAGCGUGGAACAGCAUGAACCGGCGCCGGCAAACAAUGAAAUCCAACAGGCGGUGAACUUUGGACUUAAUGCCAAGGCACAGGCGGCGAUGAGGACUGUGUUCUUGUUGGUUCACGACUAUGGUGACUGCUUGCGAGAGAGUUGGAAGCACAUUUUGGACCUCUAUCUCCAGCUUUUCCGCCUUAAGUUGCUGCCCAAAUCCCUUAUCGAGGUCGAGGACUUCUGUGAGGCGAACGGCAAGGCCUUAUUGAUCUUAGAAAAGCCACGCGAAAAACAGGAGUCUGGUCUAUUCUCCAGCCUCUACUCUCUUAUCAGCUCGGAGGGCCAGCGCGAGCCCACUUACGAGGAGCAGGACUUCAUUAAACAUGGACGCAAGUGCAUUAAGGAGUGUCAGCUGGAUCAGAUGCUCCAGGAAUCUAAGUUUGUCCAAUUGGAGUCACUGCAGGAGCUGCUCAAGUGCGUACUGAGUCUCCUCAAGGCACCGCAGGGUCACAAAUCUAUUGGCCUGCCCUACGCCGAAGAUCAGACGGUAUUCUGGAUGGAGUUUCUCGUAAAAAUUGUGGUACACAAUCGGGAUCGCAUGAUCCCCUUGUGGCCCGCCGUCCGAGACCAGAUGUAUCUCCUCCUUAUGGGCAGUGCCUCGUGCGGCUACGACUAUUUGCUCAAUCGCUGCAUCGUGGCCGUCCUCAAGCUGGCCAUCUAUCUAAUGAGAAAUGAAGAGCUGUGUCCCAUUGUUCUGCAGUCCUUAAAGAUGCUUCUGAUGCUGAAGCCGGCGCUGCUGCUGCGCAUCUCGAAGCAGAUUUCUAUUGGUAUCUACGAGCUGCUCAAGACCUCAGCCCAAAAUAUACACUCUGAGCAGGACUGGCAGAUAAUCUUCAAUCUGCUGGAGUGUGUGGGAGCGGGAGCUGUACCGCCCAGUUACGAUGAUGCCCAGUUGCCACUGCCGCUGAACGGAGGUGCCAAGUCAGAUGGCGCUCUCAGUGGCGAAGAGGACGGUUCCACGCUGCCCGAGCGUGGCUACACAUCUGACUCGGAGCUGAACAAGACUUCGGUAGGACCGGCAGCCUCUAGUCCAAGUGCCGAGAACUGGAUUUUGGUAAACAACAAGGACAGCGAACUGACCACGGCCUCCAGACCCCAAUCGCCGCCCAGCUCGAGUACUCCUCCAGUCAGUACGCUAGUUUACAGCUGCCAGCUGCUCGACCAUGCUCCCUUUGCCUUGUUCAAGUGCUGGGACUCGCUAGCCUUCAUCGUACGGAGUGUGGCCCACAUCACGCCCUACAACUUCGAGGCCUGCGUUCGCUGCAUUCGCAUCUUUGUGGAGGCCUGCCGGGAUGGUGGGAUCCGCCAGCGCCGGAAGAUGGAGGCUGCUGCCAAGCAGAAGAGCUCGAAGAAACGCAGCGAUCGAAAGCCCGGAAUGGCAUCCUCCGCGUCAAGCAGCAAUCUAACGCUCCUAACUGGCGACCCAGCCGACAAUCUGGCUCAGGGAAAUGCAGCCGAGCAGGAGGACCUUGCCCAGCGGUACGAGCAGUUGUCUAUUCAAUUGCUGGACCUCAUGUAUACGCUAUACACGCGGACGGCCCAGAUCUUCCGCUGGUGGGCCGAAGAGGGAUGCACAGUGCCGCAAUCGGCUGCUCUCUGGUCACCAGGCUGGUGUCCAUUGCUGCAGGGCAUCGCUAGGCUGGCCAUGGAUCGGAGGCGAGAGGUGCGCACCCAUGCCAUCUCGUGCCUGCAGCAGCGGGCACUGCUGGUGCACGAUCUGCAGACGCUAUCGGGAACAGAAUGGUGCUCCUGUUUCCACCAGGUGCUGUUCCCCCUGCUAAACGAACUACUGCCUGAGAGCUGUGCCGCGGGACAACUGGACGCAUCCCUGCUGGAGGAGUCGCGCAUCCGCACGGCCACCAUCAUGUCCAAGGUGUUUCUGCAGCACUUGACCACGCUCAUCGAGCUAGGCAACGCCUUCAACGAGCUGUGGCUGGAUAUACUGGACUACAUCGAACGCUUCAUGAAGGUGGGAUCGGACACGCUGUCAGAGCAGAUGCAGGAGAUACUAAAGAACAUGCUGCUGGUGAUGCACUCGGUACGCGUAUUCCACAACCAGGAUGGCAGCCUGCAGCACUCGCUUUGGGAGCUCACCUGGCGGCGCAUUGGAGAAUUCUUGCCCAAUCUCAAGGAGGAACUGUUCCGCGACGAAGGCAAGCGUGCUCAGACCCUAACGAAUCCGGCUCCUGCGGCAAGUGUCGCUCCCUAUCCCCAGCAGCAGCAGGUGCCAGCGGUGGCCAUAUUGCCCAAUCAGCCGCUAGUUUUACAGAGUGAGUUGGUGGUCAGUUCCACCCCGCUGGCAUCAGUUACACCCACCUUGGUGUCGCCUGUUGAAUCGCCCAGGCGGAGUAUUAUACUGCAGCCCCCGAUGGCCGACGCCCUGCAGCAGGCACCCAGUUUUGUAUUUGCUCAGCCCCUGGUUGUGCCACCUCAGCAGCCCAGCACACUGCUCCCGGAUCUGGUUAAUGAAGCAACUGCUGCAGCCGUGCAAACGUCAUCCUCGCCGCCCUCAGAGGCGGAGCAGCCAAUCGUACCCAUUGUACACCAGACGAACAUCGUGACCACCAAUAAUACGUAUAAUAGCUACGCCAUUGAGCUGCCUGUGGCUCCGGAGCCUACGGCCGAGCAGUUGGAGCAGCAACAGCAGCAGCAACAGCAGCAGCAGCUGCUGUACCAGCAGUACUAUCAACAGUACCAAGCGCAGCAGCAGCAGCAACAGCAGUUGCCAGGUGCUCAAGCCAGCGAUCCUGCCAUCAAUGUGCCAAUCAGUCAUCUGCUGGCCGGAAAUGCUUACCCAUCCCUACCGAAAAUGCCGCAGGCAGCCAUUGUGCACAGCUUUGCACCCGUCUACGAAGCACCAGCGGCAGCAGCUGCCGGAGCCGGGCCAGCAGCUGAUAUCUACCAGGAAUAUGUGCAGAAUCCUUACAACUUGACCCUGCAGCAGCAGCAGCAACAACAACAACAGCAGCCGCCGCAGCAGAGCUCCGGACUGGCCAACACAUUUCCUGCAGUGGCUUCGCCAGCCAACUACUUUAAUGUAAAUGUGGACCCCAGCAGCAUACCGCCCGGAUCGGAGCUGCUCUACGGCCAGCAAUGAGAAGAGGAGUGAAGAAACUACAUUUAAAGCCACUUGGGCCGUUUUAUUUUGUGUCUUGUGUUGUAGUGAAGGGCUAGAGCUUCGUAGUUAAUAAUAUAAAAUUGUGUCAAU